CACACACACCCACCUCCUCUCACCACAGUCAACCUCCAGUCUCCAACAAACAAACCCCAUCCCACCCUUCACCACCACCAUGAUCGAGAACAGAAUUUUCGAAGAUCUCCAAGCAAAGAUCGACGAGGAGGCCGCCGUCCGCGACGAACUUCAUGAUAUCGUACAAACCCUUGCUAGAAGAGGAAGAUCCACACAAGCUAUCCUCUCACGGGCUCACUCUACCCCCAGGAACCAGCUGACCCCCGUCCUCGAAGACGCCACCAGAGAGAUCCUCGCCCAGAAGCAAGAAGUCCAGGCCCUGAAAGCCGUGGCAGACAAGCACCCGUUCUACAAGUACAACGGGGUGUGGACACGCGAACUGCAGAAUCUGGUCUCCGCCAUCGAGCUCUGCGCCUGGUUGGGCGGUCUAGAGGAGUAUAAGAGCUCUGGGUCAGCGUCGUUUUUGACGAUUGAGGAGGUCGGGAAGUUUCUUGACAUCCCCGUCAAUCUCAAAGAGCAAGAUGCGUUCCAUCUCACAAUCGAGGAGUAUCUCCUCGCUCUGAUCUCCAUGGUUGAAGAGCUGUCUCGCCUUGCUGUCAACUCCGUCACAAUCGGCGACUAUGACCGUCCGCUGCAGAUCAGCCAGUUCAUCAAGGAUCUGUUCUCUGGGUUCCAGCUGCUGAACUUGAAGAAUGAUAUCCUGCGGAAGAGGAGUGAUGGGAUUAAGUAUAGUGUCAAGAAAGUGGAAGACGUCGUGUACGAUCUUUCCUUGCGGAAUUUGAUCCCCAAGGGUGGUGCUGCUUGA